GCCCUGUUCAGUUUGUUUACAAUCAUAUUCUGUAGCUGCUCCCAAUGGCAAGCGUUCAGCCAGAUAUGUUGCAUUUGUGUCGAUUUUGCUUGUGCCCCAAUAAGGAACAAACGAUCGUUAUCGGUAAAACCUUAAGCUUUACCUUUACAAUCGCUGAUGUUCGACGGUCUACUGGAGUUUCGGUGAGCCGGCAGGAUGCAUUAAAACUUAGAAUAUGUUUUAAGUGUUUGGGCAGCGUGAAAAGUUCUACCGACUUUCGGCACGCAUGCAUACGCAAUGAUUCCACCUUCCGCGAACUGAGCGUUAGGGCAUCUUCAAAAGAAGAACCGGUCACUAGUGCACAAAAAGAACCGGCCGCUAGUACAAAAGAAGAACCGGUCACUAGUGCACAAAAAGAACCGGUCAUUAGUGCACAAAAAGAACCGGGCAUUAGUGCAAAACAAGAACCGAUCAAACUCUUAUUCGUACCAAACACACCUGGCGCAGAUCCGUUGGAGUUGAAAAUUGAGAUUCUCGUCGAUAUCGAUAAAGACAUUAAAACUGAACUGCUCGAGGAUGAUACAAACAUAACUGGACAGGAUUUGAACGCAGCAGUCCCGGUUAAUAUCAUACCCAAUGCAAACAUACCCGAUGUAGAUCCAUUGGAAGUGAAAGUUGAGACUCUCACCGAUAAAGAUAUAAAAACAGAACCGAAAGAGGAGGCCACAACCAUAGUCGGACAAGAUUUGAACGCCACAGUCCCAUCCGAAAAGGUCGCAGAAGAAGAAGAGUACAAAGCACCGUACUCGGCCAACAACGUCGAGUUGGGUGAACCGUUUUCCGAUGAUACUGACGAUGAGCUCCGGAAGCGGAAAAGAAGACCUCGAAGUAGCAAACCAGAACGUUGGGAAAAGGUGUCUGUUCCCUCAGCAAAAGCCAACAAACAAACGCCAUGCGACAAUGGAGGUGGAGCAUUGAAACCUUCCAUGCCUAAGAAGCGUAAACAUUACAAGCGACCCUUAACGCUGUGUGAGAUUUGUGGCAAGGUAGUGGCCGAUUAUAAGGCACAUAUUCUAACCCACAAGGAGGCGGGGUAUUCGUGUCCCUUCUGUCCGGCUAAAGUGGCCCAUCCCGCAAACUUUGCGCGCCACGUUCAACAGGUGCACGAAAAGCGGAUCGUAAGGUCUUGCGAAUUGUGCGGCAAAGGAUUUAUUGCUACUAGUUCCCUUGUUUCCCAUAUGCGAUCUCAGCACGGCAUUGGAAAACUCCAUGAAUGCAGUAUGUGCUCUAGCAAAUUUAAACAUCCAAGUGGAUUGAAUAUGCACAUUCGAAAUGUCCAUCGUUGCGAUAUGCAUACGUGCGAGACUUGUGGCAAGAUUUUUAAAGUUCGAGAGGCGCUGCGCAGACAUUAUCGAACUCAUUCCUCGGAACAACCGUACGGGUGCAGACAAUGCACGAAGCGUUUCCGAUCUUCGUACGCCAGGACGAUACAUGAGCUUACACAUGCUGGCGUCGUUUUUCGCUGCACGCACUGCGAUAAGUCGUAUCGGUACAAAUCCCAACUCAUGUUACAUCUGCGAAAAAGCCACCCUGAAAGUCAGACAGCUACAGAGCGAGCAAGCUCCGAAGAAGUGGAGCAAAACCCGGAAAUUGAGGUGCCGAUCAAAGAUGAGCUCCCAACCCGAAAGAAUGUACCAUCGAAGAAGAAAAAAUCUAAGUAGGGAAAAUCAAUUAAAAUAAGGACAUCUACUGUUUUCUGGACUGUGGCGUGGCUAUUUCAGUGAGCUCCGCUACUUUUAUUAUGCCUCAUUAUUUUACAUACAGAAUGGUUUUGAGACAUGUACAAAUCAACUUUUAGUUGUGUCUAUCUAAAUAUAGAACAAUAAAAUAAAAUAAAGCUGCUCUAUAAUAAUA